AUGUCGUACGCUCAAGCCGCUGCUCAAAACGCCAACCAGAGCCCACAGGAACCUCCCAAGGUGAAGAGAGAGGACAACAGCACCUCUUCCCUCGUGGAUGUCGACUCUCCACAUGUCUCCACUGUCCCAUCGGACUUUGACUCGCAGGAGAUAAAGACCAAGACUCAAGCUGCGCGAAUCGAGCUCGAGAAGGAACAAGAAGAACUAAAGAAGAAGUAUAAAGAAGGCAAAGAGAAAGCGAAAGAGACGGCUAAGGAUGUCAGUGAGCGUGCUCAAGAGGCUGCCGCAGGAGGCUACGACAAGUUCGACCGCAACAAGUCCAACCCCGUCGUUAUUGGAAACAUGGUUCUUCUCACAGCCGCCAGUGCCGGUCUGGCGUACGGCGCUUACCAGAAGCAUCUCCGUGGAGCCUUGACUUGGGAAUUGAUUGCCGCGUGGACCGGUGGCAUCGGUGCUCUAGGUCUCUUUGACUACUAUGUCAGCAGGUGGUUCUUCCAAAACAAAUACCCCCCAAAAUAA